AUGGAACUUUUAGUCUCAUUUCUUAAUCGUGAUAAUUUAUCACAUUAUAUCACAACAUCUAUGUCAAAUAUUCUUACUUAUCAAAAUGAAUCAAAUAAACAAGAAAAAGAAAUUGAAGAACUUAGUCAACUUUUAGAUGCUCUACCAACUAAUAUACAUUUUGAUUCAAUUUCAAUUGCCAGUCAACUUUUUGAUUAUUUAUUACAAAAUUCACCAUCCACUCAUCAAUAUCGUUUAUUAUCUUCAUGUUUGAAUUUAAUGAAAAUAGAAGAUCGUCUUCAACGUAUAAAAACUAUUCUUCUAUUAAUUCUUGAUAAUGAACAAACAGUUCAAUUACGUGAACUUCUAUGCAAAUUACUUAAUACUAUUGAACAUUCUGCUUCUUUAUCAUUAAAUUUUGAUUGGACACAAUUAGAAUCAGCAAUAAAUGAUCAACAUGAUCCAAAAUUUCUUACUUAUAUUUGGCGUUUUUUUUCUAAAAAUCAUCAAACAAAUCUAGAACAGAUUCUUGUACGUACAUUACCAAUAAUAAAAACUAAUGAUGAAUUAUUUCUUUUAUUAUUAAUUGAUUUACGAUCAACAAAAGUCUUUGUUUCAAUGUCAUCAUUUUGGUAUUUAAUACAACGUUCAUUAGGUGAUUCUACAUCAAAUAAUGAUCGUAUACGUAAAUGUGCUUUAUAUUUAUUUCAACAAAUAUUAACUAAUGAUGAAUAUAAACAUAUUGAAAUCAAAGAAGAAAAAUUUAAUCGAUUAUUAAUUUUAAUUGAUGAGAAAACAAAACAAUUUUGGAUUGAUUUUAUUGUUGUUUAUGAAGUACUUGAAGAUGGUGUUGUUCAUUUAAUAAAACCAUUGUUAACAAAAUUUGAUCGAUUUUUAAAUUUUUCUCUUGAACAUGGAUUAUCUUUAACAUGGUUAUUUAUUUUACUACAACGUUUGUUUGCAAAUACAAGUUCUCCACUUGCUCGUUGGACUGUUCGAUGGUUUUUUAAUUCAAUGAAAUUACCUGAAAAUCAAGCAGAAAAUUUCUUUCUUGAAACUGUUCUUGAUUGGUCAUCAAAUAAUUUUAUUUUUCUCAAAGGCGAAGAAAUUAAUGAUUCACAACCAAUGGAACAAUGUUUAGAAUCUUAUCUUGAACGAUGGCUUAAUCAUGUUGAAAAUCCAAAUUCAUCUUUAUUAACAUUUCUAUCACGUAUACAAACGAUUAAAUGGUCACAUAUAUCACUUGUACGUGUAUUAUAUUCAUUACGAACAUAUGCACUGAAACAUCAAAAUCAAUCUCUAUUAAAUGAUGAACAUAUUAAAAUAUUUUCAUCAUUAAUAUUAACCCAAUUUCAUACAUAUGCACCAGUUCUUCGUCUCUCUGCUUAUUCAUCUAUAUUUGAUACUGUUAUUUAUCUUCUUGAUUGGUCAAUUUCAUCAAUAUCAUUAAAUCUUUUACGAUUUUUUGCUUUAUUUGAUCGAUUAACAUUUUUAUCAAAACAUUUUCAAAUGAUAUUAAAUCAUUUUUCAUUUGAUAUUCGACAAUUAAAAACAUUUAUUGAAGAAUUUCUUUCAUCCGAGGAUUUAAAUACAUCUUUAGAUACUCGAUUAUUUUCACUUGAUAAUACUUUAUUAGAAUAUCGUCAAAUAGUAUUUUUACUUGAUCUUAUUGAUAUACAUAAUACAGAUAUAUUAAAAAUAAUAUUUAAUCCCUUAAUUGAAAAUAUUCGAACAGCAUAUCAACGUCCAUAUAUGUCAAUAAAUAAUGUUCAAAAAUCCAUUGAACUUUUUUUGGGUUUAAUACAAGAAAAUUAUUUUCAUUCAUUAAAUUUUGUUAAAGAUUGGUUGUCAUCAAGUAUUCGAUUAAUUGUACGAGAAGGUUUAAAUUUUAUUAAAAUACAUUCCAUUAAACAACCUAUGGUUUUUGUUAAAUCACCAAUUGUUUUUUUAAUGAUUGGUAAUCAUGGAGAUAUUAGUCGAUUUUUACAAGAAUCAAUUAAUCAAAUGGAAACAAUGAUACAGCAACAGUCAGGAAAUAGUUGGCAAUCGCUUUUCAUUUUAUUUAUUUAUUCCAUGGAUUGGCUUUUAACAAAUCGAUUACCAGAUUUUAAUAAUGAAUGGAAUACAAAACUUCGUACACUUCCAUUAUUUUCUCAACUUCUACCAUUAUUAGAUCAGCCCAAUAGCAAUAUUCCACAAGCCGAUAUAUUAAUUGCUAAAUAUUUAUUAAUCGCUAAUAAUAUAUCAUCAAUGGAUUUAUGUAAUAAUAUCAUAGAUGAUUUAUAUAAAGCAUCUCCAAGAGAACUACCCUAUGUCUUUCGUGCUAUCGGUGUAUUACUUCGUCAAAUACAAACAACAAAUGAAAAUAAAUGUAAACUAAUCGAAAAUUCAACUAAUGUACUUAAUGAAAUUGAUCAUCGAAUGCCAGUCUAUUGGCCAUGUUUAACAGCGUUUUGUCAAGCAAUUUCAUCUUCUGUUACAGAUGUAAACGUAUCUAAUCUCUUAACUCAAUGGUUUACACAAAUGUUUGAACGAUGUGGACACAUAUCAGGAAUUAUGAAUGUCAUACUUGAAUCAAUAAUUCCAAUAUGGUUACAGGAACAUCGAAUUCAAUUAUCUCAUUUACCAAUUUUAAUUGAAUGUAUAAUUUUUGGACAAAUUUAUCAAAAAGAUAGAAAACAACAAUGGCAAGCAGAACAACUUGUGGAACAAGAUGAAUCAUUUCGUUUACUUCUUUCUAAUACUCAUAUAAUACCUGAAUAUCGUUAUGAUCGAAAUAUUCGUGUAUUAAUACAAUUAUUUGUUCUACAUAUUUGGCCAUCAUUACUUAAUGUUCAACAAAAUGAUAUUGUGAUGCAAAUAAUUGAAAAACAUCGUCAUUUAGCAUUAAAAGAACGUCGACCACGUUUUUGUACGAAUUCACUUGAACAUCGUAUUAUGUUUCGUUCACUUCAAUGUCUUCUUUGUUUAACGUCUGUUAUCAAAAAUCCGAGUCUUGUAAAAACAAUCUACGAUUAUAUUGUAGAAACAUUAAUUAGAGAAAAUGAACCAUCACUUCGUUUACUUUCAGAAUGGAUUAUUGUUCGUUUAAUAUUAGAAGAUCGAGCAACACGUUUAAAUAAUUUAUAUGAAUAUUUACAUCAUGCUCAUCAACAUAGAACAGGAACUGUAUGUGCUUGGCUUUCAAUAGCAUCACAUAUACCAACUCUUUUAUUAAAUCGAAUCGAACAGAUUGAAUAUAUAAAUAAAAUCUUCGAAUAUAUUAGUCCAUUAUUAAUGCAUUCAAAUUUUCAUAUUCGAACAUUUGCUUGUUCAACAAUGGUUAAAUUACUUGAAUAUACUGAACAUCAUCAUCUAGAAAAUGAAACACCAUAUGAAGCAUAUCGAUAUUUUAAACGUAGUGAAGAAAAAUCUGAACUUGGUCGAUAUAUAAUGAGACUUCAAAGUUUAUUUCUUUAUCAAUUUGAUCCAAUACGAGAUUUUUCACUUGAAACAAUUUUUUAUACAUUACCAAAAUUAUCUUUAAUAGCUGAUGAUGAAUAUUUAUGGCCGGAAUGGUUUAUUGAAAUAAGUCAACAAUUACAUUUAUCAUUUCCAAUAUCAGUUUAUAAUGUUUCAACAAUUUUACAAUCAUGUCAAGCUGGAAUUUGGAGGUUAACUGCUACUGGAAAAACUGAAAUAGGAGGAAUGCAAGAUGAAGAAGGAUCUUCAACGAUUCAACAUAAAGCAAAUCCAUAUCCAAUUGUUGAAGCACUUGAUGAUACUGAAUUAAGAGAAAGUAUUAAACGAAGUCAAUUGAUUGUUGUGGCGUCACUUAUUGAUAAACAAGCAAAUUUAGGAGGUUUAUGUCGAACUGGUGAAAUUUUUGGUAUAAAAGAACUAGUAAUUGGAAGUGUUCGUAUAUUGGAAGAUCAGCAAUUUCUUAAUUUAAGUAUGACUGCUCAUAAAUGGUUACGUAUUAAACAAGUACAAGAAAGAGAAUUAAAGGAUUAUUUAAUUGAUAUGCAAACUCAGGGAUAUACAAUUGUUGCUGUUGAACAAACAGUAAAUAGUCAAAGUUUAUAUGAAUUUAAAUUUCCAGAAAAAACAUUACUUUUACUCGGAAAUGAACGUGAAGGUAUUCGAGCUGAUCUCUUAUCUUUAGUAAAUGCAACAGUUGAAAUUCCACAAGCUGGUGUUGUACGCUCGUUAAAUGUUCACGUUAGUGGUGCUCUCUGCAUAUCAGAAUAUACAAGAAAUUAUAAUUUUUUAGAUAUGCGUAUUUAUGAUGAAUUCAAAUCAAUGUUUAUUACCCUGGGUUUUCUUGGUUACAUUUUCUUAGCUAGUGGACUUAUUAUUAAUUUUUUACAAUUAUGUUCAUGUGUUAUAUGGCCAUUUAGUAAAGAACUUUAUAGAAAAAUUAAUUGCUAUUUAGCAUUGGGUAUAUGGAGUCAAUUUACUUUUGUUGCUCAAUGGUGGUCAAAAAGCAAUUGUGUUCUGUAUAUAAAUCCUGAAGAACUUGAAAAAGUUCGUAAAGAACAUGCUAUUGUUAUAAUGAACCAUAAAUAUGAUGUUGAUUGGCUUGCUGGUUGGAUAAUUUGUCAACGUUUAGGUAUAAUAAAGGGAUCAAAAAUAGUUGGCAAACAAUCACUUAAAUUAGUUCCUAUCGUUGGUUGGUGUUGGAUAUUUGCUGAAUCCAUAUUUUUACGACGUGUAUGGGAAAGUGAUCGUGAAACAUUGGUUAAAGAUCUACGAAAAGUACUUGCUAAUUAUCCAAAAAAUCAUUUUUUUAAUCUUUUACUCUUCUGUGAAGGUACACGAUUUACUGAAAAGAAAAGAUUAACAAGUAUGAAAAUUGCACAAGAAAAAGGAUUACCAGAACUUAAACAUCAUAUUCUACCUCGUACAAAAGGUUUUACUUUAUUAUUACAAGGAGCAGAAAAUCGAGUUGCAGCUGUAUACGAUUUAACAAUUGGUUUUAAACAAACUGGAGCUGAACCAACACUUCUUAGUGUACUAAAAGGACGUUCAUGUCAAGCAGAAAUAUUUAUCAAACGUAUUCCAACUUCGGAAAUUCCACAAGAUACAGAAGGAUGUAGUAAUUGGGUUCAUCAAUUAUAUCAAGAAAAAGAUAAAAUAUAUGAUUAUUUUCUUAAGCAUGGUACAUUUGAAGGAAAUGGUUUACCUCGAAUAGAAAUUCAACGUAAUUAUUAUGAUCUCUUAAUUGAACUUGCUUGGAUGUUAAUUAUUGGUGUACCAUCAUUAAUAUAUUUAUUUAAAUUUCUUUGGACAAGUUCAUUAUUGGCACAAUUGGCUUUUGUUGCUUUGAUUUUUAUUGCAACAAUUGGUGUUCGAGCAAUGAUAGCAGUUACAGAAACUGAACGCGGUUCACAUUAUGGUGAAACACAGAAAGAAAAAUAA